AUGUUGUUAUUCCAUACUAUAAGCAAUUUUGGUGAUAUUUAUGUGGGUAGUGUGGAUGCGCCGUCGAUAACUAUUCCGGGUAGUGGAGUACUAACUGGAAAAUAUUUAAAAAUGUAUCGUACGAAAAAUAUUAAAGCAUAUCUCGGUAUUCAGUAUGCAUAUGCCACGAGAUUUUCACCCCCCGACAUCGAAAUACCGCCGUGGAAAGGAAUUUUUAACGCAACCUCUUUCGGUCCCAACUGUUGGCAACAAGAAACGGCGCCAAAGGGGAAACAAACUGACAAAGUUCUAGAAAUAAUAUCGGGAGAAAAAAAUGAAGCUGAAACAACUAAAAAUUACGAAGAAAAUUGUUUAUACCUGAACGUUUUUGUACCUGAUGGACCACCUGGAAUUAAUGGAUAUGCAGUCGUAGUAUGGAUCCAUUCUGGGGAUUUUUCUGUAGGCAGCCCUCAUGACGUCGAACCUUUUCAAUUAGUUUUUAAACAAAAAUUAAUUGUAGUUACCUUUUCAUAUCGGCUUAACAUUUUCGGUUUCUUUUCUACCGACGAUGGCGAAGCUCAAGGAAAUUAUGGAUUAAUGGACCAAUCAGCAGCUUUAUACUGGAUAAAAAGAAAUAUAAAUUUUUUUGGAGGAGAUGAUACUCGUAUUACUUUAAUGGGCCAUGGAGCGGGAGCUAUAAGUGUAGGCUUACACAUGACCUCUGGCGAGUGGUCAAAGGGAGCUUUUCAUAAGGCCAUUUUAAUGUCGGGGAAUCCAAUAAUGGACAAAUCUGUGAAGUUACCAAAAGAGUACGACAAUGCAUUAGACAUGAUCGCUAAUACAUUUGGUUGCGUCCGAAAACCUACGUCUAUGUUAAUUCAAUGCCUUAAGAGAGUUGAUGCAAAAAUAAUAUCAGAAAAUCUUCCUUCCAUUGAAUGGGGACCAGUAGUUGAUUUUGGAUUAAGUAAUAUAUCAUAUCCAUUUAUAGAAAAUCUUCCAGUAAUAUUGUUUCAAAGCGGUAAUUACCACAAAGUGCCUGUAAUUGUAGGAGUAACUGAUAUGGAAGAGGCUCUUAUAUUGUUUAACGAAAAUUUUGAAACCGAAAGAUCUUCCAAUGACCUAGAAGCAUUUUUAAAUGAUAUAGCAAUGAGCGAUAUUCAUCAAUCUGUUGAGAAUGAGGAAUGGUGCUCCAAUUUCGCAUUAGUUUCCGAUGCUCUUAAUUUCAUUUACUCAGGGGGAAACAAGGAUACUCAAGCUAUAAACCAAAAGCUAGUUGAAGCACACACUGAAAAAUUAUAUAUUGCACCAUUGCAAAUGUUUAUGGAAAUCCUAAGCAAGCAUCAACAGGUUUAUGGUUAUCUAUUUAAAUUUCAUUCUCAAUCAUUGCUCAAUGGACUUCCGAAUUGGAUAAGCGUACCUAAAUAUUUUGAUCAAGUUUAUGUUUGGGGAAUCCCAUAUAUGAAUAAUAAUAUGGAGUGGAACUCAACUGAUAAAAAAAUUGCAGACAUCAUUAUGACCUUAUGGGCUAAUUUCGCAAAAUCAUCAAAUCCUACAAAAUCCAAUAUCUAUGUUAAAUGGAACGAAAUAACCCCGGUCAACAAUUCUGUGUUAAUAAUCGAUGAAAACUUUAAUACAGAUAGCUUAGCCGAUAAUCAUAGAAUACAGUUUUGGAAUAACUUUUACCCAAAGGUCCUGAAAUUCUCCUCCGAAUGUUGUAAUUCAACAAACUUAACUUCGAUAGCGAGUUAA